GGGUAAUCUGCGUUCCUGAUGAGUCGUCCGAUUUCAAUUGGGAAUACAUGCACAUUUGAUCCUUCAGCUUCUCCGAUUGAAUCUCUUGGGAGGAGCAUCGGUGCUCAGAAAAUAGUGGAUAGUGUAUGCGGAUCUCCGAUUAGAUCGUAUGGCCGUCAUAUUUCUACCAAUCCAAAAAAUGAACGCCUUCCCGAUACACCAGAGUUUCAAUUUGCCACUUACAUGCAUCAAGGAGGAAAAGUAAUUGGCCAGAAUACAUUGCACAUGUUCGGAACUCCACCAUCGUGUUAUUGUGCUCAAGAAAAUAUUCCAAUCAGCUCUAAUGUCGGUCAUGUCUUGAGUACUAUCAAUAACAACUACAUGAAUCAUCAAUACAAUGGUUCUAAUAUGUUUUCGAAUCAAAUGACACAAAUGCUACAAGCACAAGCAUAUAAUGAUUUACAAAUGCACCAAGCGCAUUCUCAAAGUAUUCGUGUACCGGUUCAACCGUCUGCCACAGGCAUAUUUUCAAAUCCCUACAGGGAACCAACAACCACCGACGAUCUUCUAACUAGAUAUCGUGCAAAUCCAGCCAUGAUGAAGAAUUUAAAAUUAUCAGACAUUCGUGGAGCACUGUUGAAGUUUGCCAAAGAUCAAGUUGGCUCGAGAUUCAUUCAACAGGAACUUGCUUCCAGUAAGGACAGAUUCGAGAAGGACUCUAUAUUUGAUGAAGUCGUUUCCAAUGCUGAUGAGCUCGUUGAUGAUAUUUUCGGCAACUACGUAGUGCAGAAAUUCUUCGAAUAUGGCGAAGAAAGGCAUUGGGCUCGGCUCGUCGAUGCAAUAAUUGAUCGUGUACCAGAAUACGCGUUUCAAAUGUAUGCCUGCCGUGUUCUUCAGAAAGCUUUGGAAAAAAUCAAUGAGCCACUUCAAAUAAAAAUUCUUUCUCAAAUCCGACACGUCAUCCAUCGUUGUAUGAAAGAUCAAAAUGGAAACCACGUGGUUCAGAAGGCCAUAGAGAAAGUCAGUCCACAGUACGUCCAAUUCAUUGUCGAUACGCUUCUAGAAUCCAGCAACACAAUUUACGAGAUGUCUGUGGAUCCCUACGGUUGUCGUGUUGUCCAACGUUGUCUCGAACACUGCAGUCCUUCGCAGACGAAGCCUGUUAUCGGCCAAAUUCAUAAACGUUUCGACGAAAUUGCAAAUAAUCAGUACGGAAACUAUGUGGUUCAACACGUCAUUGAACAUGGAAGUGAAGAGGAUAGAAUGGUUAUUGUUACUCGUGUCUCCAACAAUCUAUUCGAGUUUGCCACCCACAAGUACUCGUCGAACGUUAUCGAAAAAUGUUUGGAACAAGGCGCAGUUUAUCACAAGUCCAUGAUCGUAGGAGCUGCGUGUCACCAUCAGGAAGGAUCUGUACCGAUUGUUGUCCAAAUGAUGAAAGAUCAGUACGCCAACUACGUUGUUCAGAAAAUGUUCGAUCAGGUUACAUCAGAACAGCGCCGUGAACUCAUCCUAACUGUUCGUCCACACAUUCCCGUUUUGAGACAAUUCCCUCAUGGAAAGCACAUUCUUGCAAAACUUGAAAAAUAUUUUCAAAAGCCGGCUGUCAUGAGCUAUCCAUACCAAGAUAUGCAGGGAUCUCACUAGCCCAAUCAGUUUUGUACUAUUCCCAACACUCAACUCCUCACAAAUGUACCUUUAGUUAUCUCAAAUCCGGUUGUUAUACCGGUUCUUUUUGUUAUUCCCUGUGCAUUUCUGUAGACAGCUUAUCGUAAUUUGUAAUGUUACUCGUUUUGUAAUUUUUUCCUAAUCUUAUUUUAGCAUAAAAAUUUGAAAAAAAA